AAUGAGGGUCAAAACCUUUUACUGUCCCUUUGAUUUUGACCAGAGAUAAAAUUUCCCCAAGGCAAAAAAUCCACCUCAAAGUUAGAAUAUAUUCUAUAUAAGUUUAUAUUCCUUAACAUACAUGAAAACCCAUAAUGACAAGCCAUUUCUAGACUGUAAAAAAACAACGGGAAAACCAGAGGGGAAAAGCUGUAAACCUUCUUUGUGAUGAAAACGAAAGCCGCCUAUUUGUGGGUCUAACCCUCCUUUUAGGGUAUAGCUUAGGCCCUCCCUUUUUUCUUCACCCAAACCCUCUUUCUAUUUGCCUCUGACAUGAGCUUUGUCUUCAAAGAACAAAACCCAGACUUAUGAUCUCGAGUUUCUUCAUUUCUACUUUUCAUUUUGAUGAGGGCAAAGACUUGAUUUCUUUGACCCUUUUGUCUUCAUUUUUCUUAUAACAAAACAACCUACCUUUAAGAAAACAUCACAUAGUUUUCUUCUUGCUUCUUCUUCUUCUUCAUUUUUGCUUUUCCCUUCUCCUCUUUCCUUUUUUAAACGAAUGAGAAGGUGAAAAGAAUUGAAAACACGCCCCCAAACCCUCCAUUAAACACCACCAAAGGUCCAAAAAUAACUAGAUAUAGCUCUCUUUUUCACGUGUGUAUAUAUAUAUAUAUUAAAUUAAUUAGUAUAUAACGUGGGAAGAUGAUGAUGAUGGGAGGAAACAACCAGAUCACUACACAAAACGAAGGUGGUGGUUCCAACAACGGUGGCGGAGAAGGGGGUAUAAUGUUGAAAAAGGGGCCGUGGACGGCUGCGGAAGAUGCAGUGUUGGCGGAUUACGUGAGGACUCAUGGUGAAGGGAACUGGAAUGCAGUACAAAAGAAUACAGGAUUGGCACGUUGUGGGAAGAGUUGUAGGCUAAGAUGGGCUAACCAUUUAAGACCUAACUUGAAAAAAGGUGCCUUUUCACCUGAAGAAGAAAGAAUUAUUGUUGAGUUGCAUGCUAAAAUGGGUAACAAAUGGGCUCGCAUGGCAACUCAGCUUCCGGGAAGAACAGAUAAUGAAAUCAAGAACUAUUGGAACACAAGAGUGAAGAGAAGGCAACGCCAAGGCCUCCCACUUUACCCUCCUGAAAUCCAACCUCUCUAUUCCCAACACCAACGAAACCAGCACCGAUCACUACCGUCGACACCUCUCGCGUCCCCGACAGCCACGUCAACGUCUUCCUUCUCCUUCCAAACACCGCCAAAUCCGUCGUCCUCGACUACUCUCCACGGCUCGAUCUUAACACCAGCACACCCUCUCCAUAUCCCACGUUCAGCAUCAUCCCACGUUCUGUAUAACCCACAAACCCCACCACCUCUUCAUAGUGCAAGUGCAGUUUCAACACCAUGUCCAUCCCCACUUCCAAGUUCUUCCCCUUCAACACCAACCCCUGUGUCUCCACUUCAAUCUCCCCAUAAGCCUGCAUUUUCAACUCUCCCUCUCUUUGAUUCUUCAACAUCAAAUACUUGUAAUAAUAACAUCAACGCUAAUAAUGCUAUUAAUAAUAAUACUUUCCCUUCUGAUUUCUUUUUCCCUAGAGCAACCCCUCCUCUUCAGACACCAAUGCGUUAUAAGCGCUUUAGACCUGAUGUAAGUGAAAGUAUCAACAAUGAAAGACAUAAUAACAGUAUUUCUGUCAAUGGCGGCUGUAACAGUACCAGUUCCAGCUUUAUGUCACAGUAUCCUCCUUUUCAGAAAACAUCUUUUUUCAAUUCCCAUGCUACACUAAAUGUUACUACUAGUACGCCAUUGACAUCCCCACACUACUCCCCUUCAUAUACUUUGGAUCCAGUCACACUUGAUCUUGCUUCAUCUUCAAGGAUCCUCGCUGAUCAUCAGAAUUUCGAUAACGGUCAGUUUAUAUCGACUCCGGGAUUCGAUUACACGCCGAAAACCGACGAGCUCCCUUCGAACCAAUUCGUGUCCUUAGAUGGGACUUCAGAAGUUACAUUUGAUACUAAAGGGAAUUGUAACUAUAUCAGUAAUGAUCAAAACAACCACCACCAGGAUUUGAGUAUCCAUUUUGGUGGGGGUGGCUUGUUGGAUGAUAUGCUGGAAGAGGCUCAACUGUUGGCCGGCGACAACGACAUUCUGCGGCGGGAGAGUUGUUUGGACGGAUUCAAUACAAGCUCUGAUGGUUUAACUUCAGGAAAAGAAGAAACAGUGACAGAUCAAGAGAUCAAUGCAACACAAGAAGAAUACUCUCGGCUACUCAAUGCAAUUCCUUCAUCGAUGCCAAUGCCCGAUUGGUACAACAAUUGUGGGAAAUGAGACCACAUAUUGUUCAUAAAACACUAUAUCUAUACAUGUAAUAAGCUUGAGGUAUACAUUAUAUCAAUAUUCGGUGAAUAAAAUCUGCAAAGUAAUCGACAUUUAUUCUGUAAA